CCAUCGCCAAGCCACGAGCCUAGUCCAAACGCGGUUUUUCGCAGCCAGCUUACCCACUGAACGUUUUCCCCUGAGCAACAGCAACAACGGCGUUCUCCUCACGCUCUCGUUUCCCUUCCCCCUCCUCCUCUCACUACGCUGCAGCUGACACCAGCUCUUCAUCGCAAUCACCCUCGCCAUACUACAUCCGACAACCAGCGACCCGACUCCUAAACCCCAUCAACUACCUCUCCCGACCUCAGACCGCCGCGCUCCCACCGGUUCACCGUCUCCCGAGAUCGCAUCGGACAUCCUCGCUUGCCGCCGUACGCUUCUCCGAUUCCUCUGAGGUUUUAUUGGAUGAAAGCCGUGCGGCGGAGGACCAGAACCCCUUUAAUCACCCACGCUACGAGGGCAACUUCCGGCAGUUACUCCCUUUAGACAGCCCUCGCGUAUUUAGGGGAGGGAAGGGUCGCAAAUACGCCAUGUCCCGGAAUACACCAUUAUCUGAUGACGGGGGAGGAAUCACAGAUACAGACGCGGACACCAGUCGGAGUGUGACGCCAAAUAUUAAGUUACCGCUGCAAAAGAUGGAACCCGCAGUGGUAAGGCAGAGUGGAGGGGGAGCAGGAGCCUUGUUAGGAGAGGGACUCCAUAGAGGGCCUACGGGCAAUACUACUGGUUCGUGGCUCGGCGAUCCUGACCGGGACUCAAGGGAUAGCAUAGAGCUGGAGGUAGAGAGGGGGGUAAAAUUGGAGGACAUGAGGAACUACAGGGCGAGGCAUCACGCACUGCAACAAGGUCAGCAACCAGAAGGCGGUAUGCCCAGAAGCGUGCCGAGCAGACACAGCGGGCUACCUGUCAUCGGCGACGAAGAGUCGCGCCCGCAAACGCCCGCCUCGGGUACCAGCGAAUGGAACGGCAGCCAUCCAUGCUUCCCACACCGCAAUCCAUACGUCCCCGCAAACUCACCGCUCUACGAAUCCACCCGCAUAAUCAGGAUCCAGCGUGAUUUCAUGAUCAAUGGUGACCUCUCGCCCGCUUACUCUAACACCUUCCCGGAUAUAUUAGAACCGCACGUCAGCGAGGAACGCUUCAGGAUGGUCAUCGCACGCGUUAACAAUGAGCUCGCUAAAGCGUUUGAUCCAUGGAAUCUGUGGAAUUGGCUAGAUGCCAUGUUUGGUCUGUUCACGUUAUGGGUGUUGGAGGAUAUUAUUGAUACCUACGUCAAGCGGAGAUUGCGGGCCGUCGAAGCGUUCUUGCAGCAGCAGAAUGAAGAGUUGGAAAGGGCUGGGUCGCGGGCGGUUUUUGUACCACUGAGACGGACGGGGUAUAUGAAUGUGAGAUUCUUGGUACCAUUUGUUGCUGAUGCCAUGCUAACGCCAACUGUUACAGUUGGACGUACAAAUUCCGGACCCGACGAUACUCCCAUCAGAUGAAGGUGAUCAAUUACCACCAGACCCCGAUCAUAAAUUCAAUAUUGCACCAUCUGACGCUGGCAGCGCAGUUCCUACGAUCGAAAUAAACGAGCAUAUAGGCUCACCACCACGACCAAGCGCUCAUCUACAGUACGCCGCUGCAGAUCACUUCACGGGUAGAUAAACCAUGCCACUCCCCCUCCUCUUCUUGGCAUUGUGUUUCUUCUCUUCCUCUUUUGCUUUUUGCUCUUUUGUUUCUAUUUUUAUUCGCGGGGGGUUUUUUUUGAGUUCAUCCUUUUACGGCCAGGUGUUCAAGACGGACUUACGCUUCCUUUUUCUCUCUUUUGUCCAACCAACAAAAGAAACCUCUAAUGGGCUACGCUUAAUUUCUACUCUCCUUACUAUGAUACUGCCGCUCCGCUAACUCUUUUUUUUUCCACUUCUUUGUAUCAUUAAUUUACACCUAGCUUUUCCCCUUUUCCCCUUUUCCCUCCUUUACUUUACUUUACUUCUCUUUUACUCUUCACGUUUAUCCCUUACUUUUUUGCUUUAGGUUGGUUAGACCCGAGCCGGUGGAACAUUUCUUCGGGGAUAUAUGUUUUGGGCUUUUUUUCCCUAUUUCUGUUACGGUAAUAUUAGUACCGCGCUCCUCCGUUCCUCCCCCUGACGGCGGGAUGGCUAGGUGGAAAUAUCAAUCACCUGGGGGGGGGGGGGGGAUGGCGGGUUAUUUAACUGGGCGGUCGGUUGGUUAGUUGGUUAGUUAGAGGGAAGAUGCAUCGUUUUUUUCUUCUUCACAGCCUAGUCUAGUCUAGCCCAAAACACACAAGCAUACAAAGAAGCAAACAAACCUGUACUAUACAUGUAUAAUAACCCACUUUAUAUAUAUAACAAAGUCUAAAGAACCAAACGCGCGAAACCAAUGGGUAUCACAUCCCCUCCCCCUCCUCUCCACCUCAUGAAAAAUCACUCGCCUUCCCAUUCGCCUUCCCCCCCACAAUCCAAAUCCCUAGCCCCAGCCAACAACCCUGCAACAACCCUUCUAGCAUCCCUAAAAUCAAACUCCUUGGAAACAGCCC